UGUCCAAUCACAGACUGAAUAGUCAACACUUCCGUAUUGCACAUGUCUACGGAAGAAAGGAGGAAUGUCUACCGUGUUUAGUCGCAAUAAGUUUGUUAAUUGAACGUGUAACAUACAUUUUUUGGACAGGCGGUAACCAUGGCUUCCCGAGCUGGACCUCGAGCUACUGGCACAGAUGGAAGUGACUUUCAGCACCGCGAGAGAGUGGCCUCACACUACCAGAUGAGUGUCGCCCUCAAGUCCGAGAUCCGUAAGCUGAACAUCGUCCAUGUUCUGAUCUGGCUCCUCUUAGCUGCCCAGGUGACAGUGAGCCAGCUGAACCUGGUGUCCCACAGUGUGGUGGCUGCUCCCUACCAGUGGGAGUACCCCUACCUGCUCAGUAUCAUCCCCUCCCUCUUCAGCUUCAUGGCCCUGCCCAAAAACAAUAUCAGCUACCUGGUGAUCUCCAUGAUCAGUGCCGGUCUCUUCUGCAUAGCGCCGCUCAUCUACGGGGGUAUGGAGAUGUUCCCGGUGGCUCAGCAGCUGUACCGCCACGGCAAGGCCUACCGCUUCAUCUUCGGCUUCUCUGCCGUGUCUGUCAUGUACCUGGUGAUGGUGAUCGCGGUGCAGGUGCAUGGCUGGCAGAUCUACUACAGCAAGAAGCUGCUGGACGCCUGGUUCACCUCCACACAAGACAAGAAGAAGAAAUGAGGACAGAGGAGGACUUCAUUAUUUAAACAACUGACAAAGAACAACUAUUUCUGUCUGCCACUGUCUGACACCACUUCUAGGACUAUCUUCCAUCUAUAUUUGGGUUCUACAUCCCCCCUCUCGCCAUCCCUAAUUGAUAGUUGUAGGACUAAUUGGAAUGUUUUAUACCACUCAGCAGGCUGUCCUGUCGUCUUCCUGGUAAACCCUCUCACCUCCAUUAUCUCAUCUCCUGGCUCUGGAGCCUGUGGACAGAUUAAGACUUGAGUUGUUUAUCUGAGACUCCGGGGACGGGUCACCUAGAAGUGGUGACCCGUCCUGCUGCCUUUAGAAACCAAUUCUCUUUAUAUCUCAUCCUGAUCUAUGGAGCGGUCUGCCAUAAUCUGUCCUCCAAAGGAUAGUACGCUAGCUACCUCCAGUCUUAGCCAAAUGUUCCAAUUAUCUCUCUUUCCUCCACAAAUUAGCACUUGUUCACUGCCCUUCACUGAUUUUAACCGAAAGGUUGCAAGAUCGAAUCCCCGAGCUGAGAAGGUAAAUCUGUCGUUCUGCCCCUGAACAAGGCAGUUAGCCCACUGUUCCUAGGCCGUCACUGAAAAUAAGAAUUUGUUCUUAACUGACUUGCCUAGUUAAAUAAAGGUUAAAAAAUAAACUCAUCCAUACCCACACAUACAGUCAGAGCCGGCCCUAGCCUUUUGGGGGCCCUAAGUGGAAUUUUGUGUGUGUGUGUGUGUCCCACCUUGCGAGCACAAAGUUUUAGCGCCCCCCCCCUAAUGACAAUGGAGAGAAAAAAGUAUAUUUUAGAAUUCAUUUCCUGAUAUUCUACACAAUUUGCCAUGGGGAGGAGAGAUUUUGUAACUUAACUCAUUUCAUGUAAUUCUAAUAAUUUGCAAUGGGGUGGAGAGAAAUUUGCAGUUUUUCAGCUAAUUUCCUGAAAUUUCUCACCCUACUAUAGGAUGGAGAGAAAUGUUUGCAGUUUUUAUUAUGAUAUCUGAGUGAGAAUGACUUACAAAAUCAAUUGGGCCCCUCCCCAGUUGGUAAUUCGACCAUGAUUACUACAAGUUUAGAUCGCUGGCUAGACUAUCUUACCAGUCUAGACAAAUGUUAGCUGACAUGGGCUAAUUGAGUGACUGUCAAGUGACUGACAUUACAAGAGAGAAACUGCUGAUACACAACCAAACAUUGAAAUUGAACCUUGUGUUUUCUACUAUUCUAACUCUCAACAGUAAGUUGAGAACCCGACUGAGUUCGUUUUUUUUUUUUUUCAUUUUGGAAAUGUAUUCGCGGGCCUACACUGGACCAGCAGUUGCCCAUCCCUGCUUUGGACAGUACCUCUGCGAAUCCAAUAUUUUUAGAUUUGUGGGUGAAGUAGUGAACACUUCAGGAGGCAGGAGUUCUAAUUGGGACAUACCCAUGACUAGGUCAGGGCAUGAUGUGGCCUUAAUGAGAGGAGCCACCCAGAACUGUAAAGGAACUGGGAAAGGGUUCAGAGAAGGCAAGAGCAGUGGUCAGAUUGCGUCCAUAUGGUUGUGUGCUGGUGUCAAUGCACAUUUUCAUGUUGACAGUACUCAACAAUUCAAUUGUUUCUAAAUGAGAUGUACAUUGUUAAAUAACAAUAAAUGGUUAUGCUGUAGCA